AGCAGAGCUACAGCCAGAGCCAUGUUGUGUCCUCAGAUGUGGACUUGGGACUCGGCUAUAAGCUGUCAGAAAAGUUCAUUCACCUCGGAGAAAAUGUCAGCGACAGACUGGCCGUCACUGGCUGACAUUUUGACAUAAUGGAAACGCUUUCGAGUGAAUUUAACCGCCUGUGCACGUUUGAGAGCUUUAAGGAAAUCUGGCCGUAUUACACUUUCGGUUGUGAGCAGCAGGAACUGAACCGCCAUGAAUUCUCCAGGCUCAAAGAUAUUACUUACCUUGAUCAUGCUGGGACAACACUCUUUGCUGAAUCUCAGGUCAAAGCAUUUUAUGAGGAUAUAUCCAGGAAUAUUUAUGGUAACCCUCACAGUCACAAUCCCAGCAGUAAGAUGACACAUGACACCGUGGAGAGGGUCAGAUACAGGAUACUGGAGCACUUUAACACCAGCCCUGAUGAAUACUCUGUCAUUUUCACUCCAGGCUGCACUGCAGCUCUUAAAUUAGUUGCUGAAACUUUUCCUUGGACGUCUGCUACUGAUGAACAUUCAGGAAGUCAAUUCUGCUACCUCACCGACAAUCACACAUCAGUAGUUGGCAUUCGAGGGGUAACUGGACCUCAAGGAGUGGGAACAGUGCCCGUGUUUCCUCAGGAAAUAGAAGCAAGAGCCAAAGCUAGCCAAGUCAUGAUGAAUACACAGGAUGAAUGCUUAGUAGCACAUCUUUUUUGCUAUCCUGCCCAGAGCAAUUUUUCUGGGCGGAAAUAUCCUCUGAGUUAUGUGAGAGGGAUUCAGCGCCAGCAGCUCUACCCAGCAUGUGAGCAUAGAGGUCGGUGGUUUGUUCUGCUGGAUGCUUCUGGAUUUGUUGGCUGCUCACAACUCGACCUGAAGCAACACCCAGCUGAUUUUGUGCCCAUCUCUUUUUAUAAAAUGUUUGGAUUCCCCACUGGACUUGGAGCCUUGUUGGUGAGGAAUGAAGUAGCUGAGCUGUUGAAAAAGAAGUAUUUUGGUGGAGGGACAGCAGCAGCUUAUCUGGUGGGAGAAGACUACUUUGUACCAAAGUCUGACAUUGGUAGCAGAUUUGAAGAUGGAACCAUUUCUUUCCUUGAUAUUAUUUCCCUCCACCAUGGGUUUGAUGCUUUACACAGAUUGACUGGAAGCAUGAUGAACAUACAGCUACACACAUUUGGCCUAGCUCAUUAUACUUACACUAUACUGUCUUGCCUGUGCCAUAGCAAUACACAACCUGUGGCUCAGAUCUAUUGUGACAGUGAGUUUGAAAAUACAACAGAUCAAGGUGCAAUCCUCAACUUCAACUUGCUGGACUCCAAUGGCCAAGUGAUUGGAUACUACCAGGUGGACAAAAUGGCCUGUUUGUUCAAUAUCCAUUUGCGCACAGGCUGUUUCUGUAACACUGGGGCCUGCCAGGCAUAUCUAGGCAUCAGCAGCCAAGAGGUGAAGGAUAACUUACAGGUUGGUCAUGUCUGUGGAGACAACAUUGACCUGAUUGAUGGGCGCCCAACCGGGUCUGUCCGCAUUUCCUUUGGAUAUAUGUCAACCUUUGAAGACUGCCAGUGUUUAUUAAAGUUUAUUAUGGACUGCUUUGUGGAAAAACCACUAAGAUUGAACCACGAGAGACUGGCAAGGUUAAAGUCAACUGGAAAGGCAGAGACCUCAGUUUACCCUGAGGUGACAUCAUUGCCUAUCGAGAGACCUAUGCCUGUGAUGAAUGACCUAAAUAUCUCUCCUGCUUCUGUCAGCAAGAACAUUUCGCAGGAUACUAUUCCAAAGGCAGAUCAGAACAGUGAAAAUGCUUAUACACUGACCAAUAUCUUCAUAUAUCCUAUUAAGUCCUGUGCUGCAUUUGAGGUGACAGAAUGGCCUUUGGGCCCUCAGGGGCUCUUAUAUGACCGCAUGUGGAUGGUGGUAAAUGAGAAUGGAGUGUGUCUGAGUCAGAAGAGAGAACCCAAACUGUGUCUAAUCCAUCCACACAUCUGCCUAAACUCCAAGACGCUGUGCCUUGAAGCCUCAGGUAUGGAUCCAAUUACUGUUCCCCUGGAGAUCAGUAAAGAAAAACAUGGCUCAAAAACAUGUCAAAGCAAAGUCUGUGGUGACAGGGUACAGACUGUUGACUGUGGGGAGAAAGUAUCAGAUUGGCUGUUGGAGUUCUUGGGAAAACCUUGCAGUCUCAUUAGACAGAGUCCCAGUUUUGUCCGGGAUAUGAAACUGGACACAGGAAAGGGUGCGUGCCGUCCAGCCCUCUCUUUGGUGAAUGAGGCUCAGUUUUUGCUAAUUAACAGAGCUAGUGUGGAACUUCUGCUUAAUCACGUCAUUAACAGGGAGGACAGCUCAAAUAAUUGCACCUCGUUUGACAUGAUGCAACUCAUUAAUCGUUUUCGGGCAAACCUUGUUAUCUCAGGCUCUGAGCCUUUUGAAGAAGAGGACUGGACAUGUGUAAAAAUAGGCAGCACACAGUUUCAGGUGGCAGGCAAAUGUAGUCGUUGCCAAAUGAUUGGAAUAGAUCAGACCUCUGGCACUAAAUCCCAGGAGCCUCUCAGAUCUCUCUCUGAUUGCCGGAGUGGAAAGAUUACAUUUGGAGUAUACUUGAAUCAUCUGUUACAGAAAUCCAAUCCAUAUCCUGUGUUGUCUGUUGAGUCCCAUGUGAUGGUAAAACCAACAGCUGAAUGUUAGAUAACUACUUCAACAUGCAGCAUGUGUUAAACACCUAUGCUUAAACUCUGUCUGUAAAACUGAAUAAGUCUUAGGCCAAAUUUACACUGCUGACAAUUAAACCAUUAUGAAAUGACCUACGCAACCUAUAGCAAGUAAGAUACCAUUCAUAAGGCUAUGUUCAAGGAGUGGCUAAAUUCUAUUUAAGCAUUUGUAGAUGGGCUGUGUUGUACAGUCUCCUUUUUUCUUUGCGUGUUUAAAAACAGCACAAGAAUUUGAGACUUUGACAAGUUCCAUAGUUUGAUGGCUAAUCAUAGGUGCCCAAAAGACAUUGGUCUGGUCUGAUCCCACAGCAGAUUUUGAUUACAAUGAUAGAAAGGUGUCAGAAUACACAGUGUUGGGUCUACAGAGUGCCCAGUUGCCGUCAGUGGGCACGUGAACAUCAGAAUUUGAGUAUGGAGCAAUGGAAGAAGCUGGCCUGGUCUGAUGAAUCAAUUAUUAUUUUUUUUACAUUAUGUGGACUACUAUGUGCACGUGCGUCACCUGUUUGGGGAAGUGAUGCUCUGGGAAAUUCUGCAGAAGUUAUUAGAAUGCUUGGAAGCAUUGGGUCCUGGCAUUCUUAUGGAUGUUAGAUUGACAUGUAUCACGCACCUAAACAUUGUCGCACGAAGUACACUUCUUCAUGGCAACAGUAUUCUGUAAUGGCAGUGGCUUCUUUCAGCAGGAUAAUGUCCUAUCAUGCUGCAUAAAUUGUUCAGGAAUGGUUUGAGGUCCAUGACAAAUUCCACGGAUCUCAAUCAGACCGUGCAUCUGUGGGACAUGCAGAGGGCUUGUGGAGUCUCUGUGUUGAUGGGUUAAAGCUGAUUUGGCAGCACUAGCAGGACCUAUGCAACAUAAGGCACUCGGUUUUAAUAUUAUGGCUGGUGCUUAUGAGACAAAGCUAAAAGAAUAAAAGGACAGAUAUUAAGAUUAUCGUAGAUUCACUGCAGUGUGCUAAUUCUCAGUCACUUCAAAUCAUUUAACAUUAAGCUCAAGGACCAAAUUAACCCCAGGCCAUUCUAUACAGUGAUAAUAAACUCAGCAAGGUCUGGCUUGAAUUAUUUUUUUCUAAAUAAUUUUACCUAAAAUGUAGACAAACGCUGCUCUACACAUCAAAACAGAGUGCUUUUGCUGAAGCUUAGAACACCCAGGGAUAAAAUCACAGUAAUUGAUUUUCAACUCUCUAAUGGAUUAUUGCUACAUUAUGCAAAUCUUUUAGGGCAUUUUAAUUAAUGUUACAUGCUGCUGUUGUUGUCUGAAACAUGCUGAUGGCAUUAGUGCCAUUUAAACUGAAAGGAGAGGUAAACAUCAACCCUUCACUUCUGUUUAAUAAAAAAAGCAAGGCUUCAUGUUUUAUGGAAUAUGUGGUUAUAGUCUGCUUUACACAGUUGUGUGUAGAGUACUUAUGUUUGUAGUGUAAAUAAGAAUUAGUAUGUGUUUUUCUAUCCAGGUUUCUGAAAGGAGAAAACAGCAGUGCUGAUAAACCAUAUAAUAAUAUCAGAGUAUUGUAGGAAUAAGGUUGUUUUUGUUGUCUACCAUGUUAUUAUUUGGGUUUUCUUGUAAUUGCAGUGUAUCAGCCUAAGACAAAUGUCCACAUUAAGACUCAGCAGUUGAGCUGAAACAUAAAUACACUGACUAUAUGGUAUAUAACACAAGACAGAGUAUAUCUGUUUCUGCUAGGUGGCCUGGAUUCUUUAAAAGAUAUAAAAUUUCACUAAAAUAUUUAGGAGAUUUUAAGAAAGAGACUUUCGUUCACUUUAUAUUUCAGAGGUUAUUAACAGGAUGGAACUGAAAGGGUUUUUUUUUUUUGCCUCACUUAUCUGUGACUCUCUACUCUUUUUCUAUCUGUAGUUCUUAAGCGUAAUUCUGUGUCACAUGCAUUUAAUAAAACCACUCCCUAAAUGUCUUCCAAUAA